AUGAAGCUUGAAAUACUCUUUUUAGUCACGCUAUUGUGCUUGCCAGGCUACGCAAAACCUACAAGCAGUCGCAAGACGUGUACCAUCAAAGCCAGCGGCACUAAUCAAACCGACGAUGCACCUGCGAUCAGAGCAGCUUUCCAGGAGUGCGGCCGACAUGGCAAGAUCGUCUUCAGACCCACGACUUACUAUGUCAACUCAGUGCUCAACAUUACCGACCUCGAGGAUGUUGACGUAGAUGUGCAAGGCCAUCUGCUUUGGAGCACCAACAUCCAGUACUGGCUGAAUGCGUCUCUUCCCGUUGGUUAUCAAAACCAGUCCACAGCCUUCGUCCUUGGUGGGAACAACGUUCGAAUCGACGGCCACGGCGUUGGUACACUGAAUGGCAACGGAGACUACUGGUAUCAGUGGAUCAAAAAGCAGCCUAACACAUCAAACUAUCCUGGUCGCCCACACCAGCUCACUUUCAACGGGCUUACAAACUCCGUCGUGAAGGGACUGAAUUUUUUGAGAAGCCAGAUGUGGACAGUGUCCAUCAUCCAUAGCUACGACAGCGUCUGGGAGGACAUUUUCAUCAACAACACUGGCAAUGUAGUGUCAAGCUCGAACACCGAUGGCGCUGAUACCUUCUUCUCGUCGAACCUCGUGUUCAAGAACUUGACCGUCUACAAUGGCGAUGACUCAUUUUCCGCUAAAGCAAACAGUACCAACAUCACACUACUCGAUUCGCACUUCUAUCAUGGACUUGGUAUCGCCAUCGGCUCAAUUGGACAGUACAAUGACCAGUUCGAGACGGUCGAAAGCUUCCACGCCGAGAACAUCUACUUUGAAGACACGCUGCACGCGUUCUACAUCAAGACCUGGACUGACGACCGAGUCGGUUAUCCUCCCAACGGCGGUGGUGGAGGGCUUGGUUUCGCUCGAAACAUGCAAAUGAGGAACUUGACCGUGAAGAACGCCCGCGGAGGCUUAUUCACGGUCAGUCAGUGCACAAGGUUCAGUGGUGCACCCGGAGUCGGCAAUUGCACCAACAGUCAAUUCCAGGUGAGAGAUGUCAACAUCCAAGGCUUGAAGGGAACAACCAAAGACCGUAGAGUCGUAAGCCUGCAGUGCAGUGCUGUAGCACCGUGUACGAACAUUGCUUUGAGCGAUGUCGAUGUGAGGUUUGCUGGCAACGGAACCACAUUGGAUAACUAUCUUUGCGGGAACGUAGUGGGUAACAAGGGAUGGGAGUGUACGGGACCGGUCUGUGUCGGUGGGAGUGCAACGGGAGGUUGUUGA